AAGGGCUCUCCAACUCUUUGGCUCUGUGUCCUUGCACCUCUGGAUGACUCAGACCCUGCCUACUCCACUUAAGCACCCCUGGGACAGUUCGACCUAGGCUGACGUCUUUCUGCUCUCCAUCACGGCCAGCCAGAUUUCUUUCCACGUCUUACCUGGCUCCACCUCUCUGAAACGCAUGAGUCCGCACUUUGGAUCGAUUCACAUUGGUAUUUCCUUAAACAUCAGGAGGAGUGACGGGAGGGUCCACCCUGCAGUCGUCGCUUCGGUCAACAAGAACACCAACAGUGUGACCGUGGAGUGGGUGGAGAAGGGCACCAACAAGGGCAAGAAGGUCGAUCUAGCCUCGGUGUUCUUGUUGAACCCAGGAUUGGCCACUCCAGAAUCAUCGCUGCCGUUGUCCGCGCUCUAUUCCGCCAAGGGAGACAAGAGCUUGGCAAACCACUGGGUGGUGCGUCCACAGAAGAACGAGACCGCUUCAGGGGACAACGUGGUGACCUUCAGUGAGCCUAUCUUGGUCAAGCAGAGAAAGUCACAUUGCCUACGGGAGAUUGAGAAACUACAGAAGCAGCGGGAGAAGCGAAGGCAGCAGCUGCUGGAAUUUCAGGCCAAGAAAGCCCUAAAUGUUAAUGUGGUUAGUCCCAACUACGAAAUCAUGUGUAUGAUUCAGGAAUACCGUAGGCAAAUGGAUUACUCCAAGAUGCUUAGCUCGGAAACUACAGACAAUCACCGAAUCUGCGUCUGCGUACGCAAAAGACCACUCAAUCAGCAAGAAGCCCUCUUGAAGGACUUGGACAUCAUCACCAUCCCCACCAGGAACGUGGUCAUGGUGCAUGAAUCCAAGCAGAAGGUGGAUCUAACUCGCUAUCUUGAACAUCACACCUUCCGAUUUGACCAUGCGUUCGAUGACACUGCCUCCAAUGAGUUUGUGUACCGAUUCACUGCUCAGCCGCUGGUGGAGAACAUCUUCCAUAAGGGUAUGGCCACUUGCUUUGCCUAUGGUCAGACGGGCAGUGGGAAAACUCACACUAUGGGAGGGGACAUUUCGGGCAGAAACCAAGACUGCUCCAAAGGCAUCUAUGCUUUAGUGGCUGAAGAUGUCUUCUUAAUGCUCAAGAAGCCCACUUAUGAGAAAUUGGACUUGAAGGUCUAUGGGACAUUUUUUGAGAUUUAUGGGGGCAAAGUCUAUGAUUUACUGAAUUGGAAGAAGAAACUCAAGGUCCUUGAGGAUGCCAAGCAACAAAUCCAGGUUUUGGGACUGCAGGAACAAGAAGUGUGCUGUGUAGAAGAUGUGCUGAAUCUCAUUGAGCUAGGUAGUAGUUACCGCACUUCAGGUCAGACAUCUGUCAAUGCUCACUCUUCUCGGAGUCACGCAGUGUUUCAGAUCAUUCUUAAGAGGAAAGGGAAACUACAUGGAAAGUUUUCCCUCAUUGACCUAGCUGGCAAUGAAAGGGGAGCAGACACCUGCAGAACCAGCAGACAGAGGCAGCUAGAAGGGGCAGAGAUAAACAAAAGCCUCUUGGCCCUCAAAGAGUGUAUAAGGGCAUUGGGACAAAAUAAGUCUCAUACCCCAUUCAGAGCCAGUAAACUGACACAAGUGCUUAGGGACUCAUUUAUAGGCCAGAACUCUUCCACUUGUAUGAUUGCUACAAUCUCUCCAGGGCUGAGUUCUUGUGAAAACACCCUUAAUACUUUAAGAUAUGCAAACAGAGUGAAGGAAUUAACUCUUGAUGCUAGGCUCUUAAGCUAUCUCCAUCCAAUUGGGCACCAGGAAUCAAAGCUACUAGAUAAGCAUAUUGUAAAGCCUGCAGGGAACCAGGAGAAGAGUGAUUAUAAAAUAUUUUUACAGAGUGAGGAAGAAGAGGAGGGAAAUGAAGAACAGGUGGCAUCUUCAAAAUCAGACAAAAAAAAUUCAAUACCUUACAAUGAAUCCAGUCAGUGGCUCAGAGCUUUUUUAGAGAUGGCAGAUGGAAUAAGCUAUGAUGUAGAUUUCUGUGCUGCCCAGUUAGAGUCCAUCUUGGAGCAGAAAAUUGUUUCUCUGAAAGAAAUCCAAGGAAGGGUGAAAUUAUUUCGGGAAAGCCUCCAGAAGGAAAAGCCUGGCAAUUGAGAAAACCAGUGUCACAAAAACAGUUUUAAAGUGAUGGAUGCAGUGCUGCAAUUUCUAUCUUAUAUGUGAAAGUGGUCCAAAUAGUCUGAAUGUAAACACCCUUCUACUUGAAAGCUUAAAAUCUCUUAAAUCAUGCAAGUCAUCAAUAUACUCUUAUUUCUUCCUGUGCAUGGUAUUUCAGUUGGGGAAUGGGGGGGAUGUUUGAAUUUGUGAUCCAUGGGAUUUAGGCAAAAAAGAGAUUUUUAGUAAUUAAAGGGGAUUUUCCAUUGAAUUCAAUGCAUUAAACAUUUCUUGAACACCUA